AUGGGCAAUUCUCAAAGACGGCCCAAAGGAAGACACAGACCCAAAUCUGCAACAGCCACCAGUGGUCUUGAGGCAGAGAGUGGAAGGCGUGGCGGUGGCAGCAGCAGCAGCAGCAGCCACGGCGAUGGCAACCACAGCGGCGGCGGCGGCGGUGGAAGCAGCAGCAUCAGCGGUGGAGGUGGAGGCACCGCGGCCCAUUUCAGGUCGCCAUGGCAACAGAGCGUGAACGUGUUCGGCUCGUGGAGCAGGCCAGAGUGUGUUGAGGAGCUGCACCAGCAGGCGCAGCUCAACCUCCAGAGCCUGCUGCAAGAAUUUGAGGAGCAGCUGUACGACUCCAAGCUGACCGGUCAGACGUUUCGCCACCCGUCCUCCCAGAGCUCGGACGACACGUCAACAUCACUCAGCCGGUCGCCCGUCUCCCUAAACAACAGGAGACCUGACUUCAUCUUCCUGCCUGCAUCCAAGCAACUCUAUGAUGAUGAAACCACCUCCUCGGUCUUUGGUCUGAGGUCUGCGUUCAAUCCAUCGCCGUCCCCGUCCCCAUGCGGCUCAGAUCGCCCCCCUCUGGGCUGGAGCAGCAACAACAGUAGCAGCAGCAUAGCUACUUCGGCUACUACAGGACCACCUGUCGCAGAAAAACCUCGUUGGCACCUGGGAAGACGCGCACCAGCUCACUUCAUACCACACGACAUCCCAGCCUCCCCAAUAAGUCCCUUAACAAGCUAG